AUGAGCUUUGAACCUGCCGUGCCGGCGCCGGCACACGUCAACGAUGAACCUGCCCCAGCCGCUCAGUCACUGCGCGACGAAUCUCCACCGAUUGCACGCAAAGACGAUGUCAAGGCCGCGCUUCAACGCAUGGACAUCAAGGCCCGCCUGGACAGCGUCAUGCUGCCUGACCUCCUCCGCACUGUGACCAUCACUGGCAGCAAUCGACGCAUCGGCUUUCGCACCGACCGAACUCGCGUAUUUUGUGAAGCCUGCCACACCUACGUCACACAGUACGGUGCUUCUCAGGGUGUUUGGAAGCAUUUUGGAUACACCAUGCGCCCGGGCCGGGACAUUUGCCCCUGGCUCAAACUCGACUGGUCCAUCAUCUCCACCAUGAAAUUGCCCUCCGCUCGCGAAAACACGCCCAUCGCCCAGGCCUUUUCCGUCAGCGGUGGCCCCGCCAUCGAGGCAUACCCCAAGCGCCUGCUGCCCACCCAACCCGUGGGAAUGGAGGGGGCCAUGGCCUUUGAGGAUGGCGCCAGCCUGGAACUCAGUGCUGCGCCACUUCCAACCGACACCAGUGCUUCCACCCACAACAACGCCACCGUCGCUGCGCUGCCUGCCCCCAAGCGUGCGCGCCUGGACCCCUACGGUGCCAUGGCCCUACCUGCUGCUAACCACAUGCUCCAGGCCGCGCAGCAUGACCAGGCCGCGUCAGAUGCCGUUGUGGCUCAACAGGUCGACCCCCAACCCCUUCAUAACGCGGCAGGUCGCGCCGUUCUAACAUAUGACCUCACCACCCCACAAGGCCGCGUCCUCGCUCUGCUGCGCAAGACCGAGGAACACGUGGAACACCUCGCACGCUGCAACAAGCAAGUCACCAUCCACGUCAAUGCCCUGCAGGCUUUGCAAACGGAAACCAUCUACCGCAUGGACCAAGCCGAUCAGCUCCUCCAUGAACUACGGUCACAAGUGCAUGCCUUCAUCCCAGGCGGCGCCACCGGCACGGACGAUGAUGCUCUCGAUGCACGGGGGGACAUCUACGCCGGUAGCCAUGCACGGGAUGACGCCAGUGGUGACGACGAUGAGGAUGACGACGACGACGACGAAGAUGACGAGGGUGAGGAAGAGGAGGAGGAUGACGACGAUGACGAUGACGACGAUGACGUGGAGGACGACACCGACCACCACGGCAAUGAGCUGGGCAACGAGCCCCUUCAUCAUGGCCGUCAUGAGCACGGCAAUAUGGGCAGGAUAAGCACACGCAUCAGCGAGCCAGGCGUCCCCCUAGCACACCCUGGAUACAAUGUCAACGGCAACCCCGCUACGCGCCACCCACACAGACUGGGUCAAGGGCCGGUCGGAGCUAGUCUCAACCCCCAUGGUCUUCUGAUGCCCAGCACCGCCCCACCCAAUCGACAUCAGGCGCCAAGUGCCCGCCAGCUCAAUCAGCUCGGUGCAGCUCGCUUGCAGCCUGGCCUGUCACCCGCCACCACAACGUCCCGGCCCCUCCCCAAUGCAGUGAUACCCCAGAUCGUCAGCUCAGCCCCAUCGAUUAGCGGCGCCGUGGCGCGGCCUGGUGCUACCUUGGUGCGCCCGCGGACAUAUGCUCCCCCGGGUGCACAUGUAUCUGCGAGUAGCACCGUGCCUUUUGAUCCAGAUGCAAAUUCGGCGCGCUCAACUCUACCAGAUAUGUCGCCGCGCCUCCGCAGCGUAGAGAUUGCCCCAGACAAUCUCUAG